UAUCAAAGGCCCACCUCAAAAUGGAAUAAGAGGCCCUAAAUCUAGUUGUGGAAGAAAUUAAAUCGUCACAAUUUCAUGAAGGUGAAGCUUGCAUUGGUGAUUUAUUUAAGAACUCAAAUUCAUUACAAUAGAAAAUUAAGUAAGGAAAUACCGUUUAAUAAAAACUUGGAGACUCCCUUCAAAAAAAAACUUGGAGACUCCCUUCAAAAAAACAUACUCGGAGACUGAGGCAGGGUCUGGAGCAUCACCAUCACCGAGUUUUGAUCCUUCGGCUUCAUCACAUGUAAACGCAGUUUCGAGUUAACGGCGGCGGCGGCGGCGGUCCUAGCAAUCUAGGGUUUUUGGCGGGCGGCGCUGUAUCUUUCUUGGCACUUCAGUGUCUUGGAGUUUUGCUAGUUUUCCUCAUCUGAAGCACAGGAUGGGGCGCGGGAGUAUUCGGGCUCGAAGGAUCUUGGCGAAUUUUAACUGCAGCACAGGGGAGAUGAUAGGGAUCUGGAGACUGUUCGCGUUUGGACUGGCGGUGCUAGUGCGGUACUUUGGCCAAGAAAUGGAGGGUUCAACUAGCUUUGAUAUUGUUAGUGGGGGACGGAUCUAUUUGUCCAUCAAUAGCUGCAUUAAGCCUGUGUGGUGGUUAGCGAUUCGUUUUGCUCCUUUAGGGAUGAUCGUUUCAAUGUCUAAUCGUAGGGCUAAUAGUAGUAAUUGGAAGGUGAAGGUUUUUGUCAGUUCUGGUCAUUUUGAGAUUGAUGUAACGAUCGUGAUUCUAAUUAUAUCAAUAUACUCCCUCCGGUUCUUUUUUAACUUCAGUGUUUGACUUCACAGUUAUUAAGGAA